UUUGUUAAUCUUUGAAACAGCAGGGACGGAACUACUAUUGAAAACCUGACCCUUAUCCAUUCCAGCCACAAUUCAAUUGUAUGGUUCAAGUGAAUGUAUUCCAAAUAAUGUUUUCAUGCUCAAAUGAACUAUAACAUGUUUUGCAUAAUUUCUAUGUAACAACCCUGGCUUUCUUCAGUCCAGAAGUUUAUCAGUGAGGACAGACUGCCACAUCUCUUCUAUGGACCUCCAGGUACAGGGAAGUCGUCUACUAUUCUAGGUACUGCCAAGCAGCUCGACAAGGACAAUGAGUUCAACGCUAUGGUCUUGGAGCUAAAUGUGUCGACGACCGAGGUGCUGAUGUUGUUUGAGGACCCAUCCUGAGUUUUGCCAGCACCAGGACCAUAUUCAAUCUGCUGUCUCCACAUGCUUAAAGAUGGCCACAAUUGUUCCUGUACCCAAGAAGGCAAAGAAGGGUUUCAAGUUGGUGAUAGUGGACGAGGCUGAUGCUAUGACCCGGGAUGCCCAGAAUGCAUUGCGGCGAGUCAUUGAGAAGUACACAGAGAACACGUUCUGCCUGAUCUGUAACUCCAGAUGCACCAGGUUCCGCCUGUCUCAGGACCAGAUGAUCCCCAGGCUGGAGUAUGUUAUCCAACAGGAGAGCAUUGAUAUAACUCCAGAUGGAAUAAAAGCUAUUGUGACCCUAUCAUCGGGAGACAUGAGAAGAUCACGCAACGUACUGCAGUGGACUUUCCUCCUGUGUUUCGGAUGGGUUUGCUUAUCAAGUUGGCAGAUAUUGAGUACCGGCUGGCCUCGGGACUCAACGAGAAGACCCAGUUGAGUUCGAUGAGAGAGAGAUUUGGGUCAAUGAUGCCACCCAGACCAGCGGUCCCCAAACAGUCACAACCAUCUAGUACAGUGCUUCCCAAACUGUGCCCCC